AUGUCGACUUCUCUUCUUCCCAGACCUUUCAUCUCGCUCCGUACAAGUAAAAGCUACAACCUUCCUUCGAAAAUCCUCGCCUUUAGGUUAUCAUGCUCUUCUUCUUCUCCUUCCGAUGGGUCCGCCGGAAACCAAAAGUUUUCUUCAACCCCCGAGAAGAGAUCGUUCGCUGUCGCAACCGGCGAAAUGUUCAUCGGAAUCGCGGCGAGGCUUUUGAAAAAGUCUAAUCAACGGAGGUCUCCUUCUCCGCGGCCGCCGAUUGACGACGGAGAUAGAAUAGCGACGGAGAUUGAGGAUGAGAUUGAGCCAGCGAUGAUAUGGGAACAGAGGGUUAAAGACGUAGAGGCGGAGAAAGAGAGGAGAGUCAUUACAAGCCCUGGGUUUAGCUUCUCCGCUGCUGGUCUUUUGUUUCCUUAUCAUCUUGGUGUUGCUCAGUUGCUUAUCGAAAAGGGUUACAUCAAGGAGACUACUCCUUUGGCAGGAGCUUCUGCUGGUGCUAUAGUCUGUGCUGUGAUUACCUCAGGAUCGUCUAUGAGAGAAGCCCUUGAAGCUACCAAGGUUCUUGCUGAUGAUUGUCGACGCAAUGGCACUGCUUUUCGUCUUGGGGCUGUCCUCAGAGAUUCUAUGGAGAAGUUACUGCCGGAUGAUAUUCAUAUAAGGUCAAAUGGCAGAGUUCGUGUUGCGAUCACACAGGUUUUCUGGAGACCUAGAGGUUUACUGGUGGAUCAGUUCGACUCCAAAAGCGACCUUAUCAAUGCAGUUUUUACGUCUGCCUUUAUUCCAGGAUAUCUUGCACCAAGGCCUGCAACGAUGUUCCGUAACCGGCUCUGUGUUGAUGGAGGCUUGACAUUGUUUAUGCCACCCACAGCUGCUGCUAAAACAGUUCGAGUUUGUGCUUUUUCCGCAAGUAGCUUCAAGCUAGAGGGUAUAGGGAUCAGCCCAGAUUGCAACCCUCUAAACAGAGCAACAGCCAGACAACUAUUGAAUUGGGCACUGGAGCCAGCAGAAGACGAGAUAUUGGAAAGGUUGUUUGAGCAGGGAUACGCAGAUGCAGCUAAGUGGGCUGAGUUGAAUCCAGUCGAGAAACUAGUCUAUGAUGAGACUCCUUCACCUCAAGAGAUUCAAGCUAGUUAG